AUGGCGGACCAGUUCACYUGGGAAACCGAUAUUCAAAAACAAGCACGGUUACAAUUUAUUUCUGCAUGGAAAGACAAGUUUCCAGCUGAUAGAUUGGAAUCACUGUCUAUGGUUUGGGUAAAUAUGAAGUUUUGGGGCUGCAGAUAUCCAACAGAGGUCGAAAAAUUAGUUAAAGAUUUGGAAUCGAAGGCUGGUAUACCAGAGCAUUUACUAAAACGUCAAUAUUCCAAAAAAGUUGAAUUUCAACCAUCAAGUUCACAAAAAACAAACACAUCAAGUAACUUAAUAAAAAACUUUGUAAUUUAUGAACCCAAUGACGAUGGCAACUCUCAAAACGCAAUCUCUGUAUUACAUGAAAGUGCUCAAAAGUCCAAAAAAUCUAUUUCAUUUGAAGAAGACACUAAAACCAAUAGCAGUCAUUUUUCGUUUGGAGUAUACAUCGAAAAAACUCUCGUUGCAUCAGGAGAAGCUGCAACGAAAAAAGACGCAAAAAGAGUAGCUGCAGAAAAUGCUCUUAAAGUUUUAAGAUCAUGUCAACCUGUUAUAAAGAAAAGAAAAAUUGACCAUGACGCUGCGCAAARUGUUACCAAGACAGAWCUUACUAAACAAGCUUAUGUGAAUGCACCCAGUAUACCAGAUAGUAACUUAGGCAAUAAGUUGUUGCGUAAGAUGGGCUGGAGUGGAGUGGGUGGUGUAGGAAAAGAAUGUCAAGGAAGAGCUGAACCAGUAAUGGUUACUGGUACUGAUGGUAAGAAAGGACUUGGCCAGGGCAAUGCACCACAAGAUCUACACAGACAAUCAAUAAAACAACUUUUAAUGGAUUUUAUUAAUGGAUCAAACAUGGACUUAAAAUUCUCAACUGAGCUUGGUAAGGAAGACAGGGCUCUUGUUCACAAACUUAGUUCUGAGUUAGGACUUAGACAUCAAUCAUACGGCGAAGGAAAAGACAGAUAUCUAUUGGUUAGUAAAAAUUAUAAUACUUAAUAUCCAAAUAACAUAGUAAAGUUCAAUUACUGGAAUUUGUUUUAAGAUUUUUGAACAGAAAAUAGCAAGUGUUAAUAAAAUGUUAAAUGUUUUUAGUUGGAAAAAU